AUUCAUAAUUUUUUUAUAAAUAAAUAUUGUUUAAAAGUAUGUUGCAUUACUGUUUCUGUCGAACAUUUGAAAAAGAGAUUAAAUGGAAAAUUACGAUGUUCUGAGCCACCCUAUAAUUAGGGAAAAUCGAUGCUAUCGAUAGGUAGCAACGUUUCUAACUUCCCUCGUUUCAGAACUUUGGGUAUUAAAAGACGGGUUACCUACCCUUGUUCUCUUAAUGGCAAUAUAUUUCUUAGAAUCGAAACCUUUUAUCGAUAUAUUAAGAAAAUAACCUGGCGGUUAAUCUGGACGUAACACCCUCAGUUUAUCAUAAGAUAAAUAUAAAUCUCAUAGGAUUUCAAUAACGACUCUCGAAUAAACAAUAAACAGAGCCUGACAACAACAAAAAUAUGAACGCCACCGACGACGAAUCUCGAAAACCGAAAAAUAAACCUAGUUCUGAGUCUUCGUCGUCUUCUGAUUACAUGUCGGGGUCCACAAGUGGAUCAAGUGAUGGAGAAGUGUCUUCCAAAACAUAUUUCAAAAAUAACAAAUCAAAAGUUCUAUCAGAGCGAAGGGAAGUCGUAUUGGAAGUAGUACGUGAUCUAUCAUAUACUAUAUGCAAGGAAGCAGAAGAAAAAUUAGUUGAAAGAUUUCCUAGAGAGGAUGGAUCGAAUGAAAUGCUUCCCAAGGAAGAUAGCAUAAAUACUAACCAUAAUUACACAACGGAUUCGAAUGAACACCCAGUAGAACUAAUGACAAAGACAGAAGAAUGUAAAAAUACAGAGAAGACUAAAAAAAAAUCUUUUGUGUGAGCUCUCUCCAAAGAAAAACAACUAUCCGCCUAUAGAAGCCGUUCUGGAAACACACGUUUAAGUUAUUCUGGACACAUUAGCCGAACUCAUUCAGUAGAAAAAAGUCUAUCAAGAUAUAAAAAAAGUGUAUUAAGAAAUCGAAGAACUUCCUUUGGACACGGCCGAGAUUCUUCUACGACCAAAAGGUCUGUCUCCAGGGACAAGGACAAUCGACUAAGACAAAGAAUGGGAUCUAGCAGAAGCCGAACUAGAUCUCACAGUCGAUUUCGAAGGCCGGAAAAGAAGCUUCCAUCAAGAUAUCCACGACGAAUUCGUUCACAAGAUAGACGACAUGAAGGAUAUCGUUCGAUGUCGUCAGAUUAUGAAAGGCUACCGUUACGCCGAUCUGAGCCAAUCAAAAGAAGAGAUGAAGAUGAAAGAAGAGACGAAUUGAAUUUACCACCCGAAAAAUUGCGUAUGAUGCAGGCAGAAAUUACGGACAAAUCAUCGGCUGCAUAUCAAAGUAUAGCUCGUGAAGCUCUUGAGAAAUACAUACAUGGUUACAUCAAUAAAGUCAAUGUGGAUUGUGUUGCAGUUAUCGCCCGAAAAUUGCUUAAGGAAAAUAUAGUACGUGGUAGAGACGUGCUUUGCCAUUCCAUAAUACAAGCUCAAGCUGCAUCGCCAACAUUUACCCAUGUUUAUGCCGCCAUGGUGGCCAUUAUUAAUUCAAAAUUUCCCAAUAUUGGGAAAUUGCUGUUGAAACGUUUGGUCAUACAGUUCAAACGAGCAUUUGGGUGUAACGAUAAGACCAUUUGUUUGUCUUCUUCACAUUUUAUUGCUCACUUGGUUAAUCAAAGGGUGGCACAUGAAAUUUUGGCCCUAGAAAUUCUAACACUCUUAAUUGAAUCGCCGACUGAUGAUAAUGUUGAAGUGGCCAUAACAUUUCUUAAGGAAUGUGGUAUGAAAUUGACAGAGGUAUCAUCGGAUAGGGUUGGAGGCAUUUUUGAAUUGCUUAAAAAUAUCUUGCAUCAAGGCAAGUUGGAUAAACGUGUACAAUAUAUGAUUGAAGUUUUAUUUCAAGUACGCAGAGAUGGCUUUAAAGACCAUCAAUCGAUUAUUGAGUCCUUAGAAUUGGUAGAAGAAUAUGCUCAAUUCACUCAUUUGCUAUUGUUGGAAGAUGUCACAUACCCGAAAGAUAUAUUGAACGAAUUUAAAUUCGACGAUCAGUACGAGACCAAUGAAGAGAAAUAUAAAGCACUUAGUAAGAAUAUUUUGGGUAGCCAUGCUUCAGAUUCGGAUGGCUCCUUCGGUUCGGGUAGUAAUUCCGAAACUGCAUUAUCUGACUGUGAUAAGGGCAAAAAUGAGGUUAAUGAUAAAUACACGAGUGGUGGCAUUAUUGAUGAAACGAAACCGAAUCUGAUUGCGUUAAGAAGAACAAUAUAUCUUACCUUAAAUUCCAGUUUCGAUUAUGAGGAAUGUGCCCAAAAAUUAAUGAAAAUGCAAUUGGAAACUUGUCAAGAAAAUGAGUUUUGCCAAAUAUUGUUAGAUUGCUGCGCUGAACAAAGAACCUAUGCGAAGUUCUAUGGCCUUUUAGCCCACCGAUUUUGUAAAAUUAACAAGUCUUAUAUAGAACCAUUCAAAGAAAUCUUCAAGGAUAUCUGUCAGACUACGCAUUGUUUAGAUACAAAUCGUUUGCGGAAUAUAAGCAAAUUCUUUGCUCAUUUGUUGUUUACCGAUGCAAUUAGUUGGGAUGUUUUAGACUGCAUAAAGCUAACUGAAGGUGACGCAAUAACAUCACGUUGUAUUUUUAUAAAAAUUUUCUUUCAAGAAUUGGUCGAAUACAUGGGUCUGGAUCACUUUAAUAAAAAACUUAAGACUGAAGUUUUAGCUGGAACUUUGGCGGGACUAUUCCACAAAGAUAAUCCCCGAAAUAUACGCUUCUCCAUUAACUUUUUCACAUCCAUUGGUUUGGGCGGAAUAACUAAUGAAUUGUGUCAACUCCUAAAGAUUGCUCCGAAAUCCGCACCCUCGUCCUCAUCAUCAAGUUCUUUAUCAUCGGAAUUGUCUGCACCAUCCGACGACGAUUCUUCAAGUGAUUCAGAAAAUAAGAAAAAACAUAAAGGCAAAAAUAAGAAAAUGACCAAGAAGAAAAAUUCUUCGAAAAAAAAGGAAAAAACUAAAAAAUUUGUAGGUAAAAAUAAAAUAGCCGCUAAGAAUAAAACUAUAAAGCGAAGGACUGACAAAGACAACUCUUCUUCAAAAGAUAAUUUUUUGAAAAGCGAAAGUAGCAGCAACGAAUCAAUAUCUUCAGAUAGUUUAUCUUCGGAAUUGUUUGCACCAUCGCCUUUUUCGUCGUCGGAAUCUUCAAAUGAUUCAGAAAGUAAGGAAAAACAUAAAGGCAAAAAUAAGAAGAUGACCAAAAAGAAAAAUCCUUCGAAUAAAAGGGAAAAAACAAAAAAAAAAAAAUUAAGUAAAAAUAAAAAAGCCCCAAACAAAAAUACUAAGAAGCGAAUGACAGAAAAGGACAUUUCUUCCUCUGAAAGUAGAAUCAGUGAAUCAAAAUCUUUAAACAGUUCGGCCUCGGACCAAAAUGAGAAUGAAAAACGGAAGAAAAGGGUUACAUCGAAGUCAAGAACAAAACGGAUUAAGAUGGUUAAACAAUCUCAAUGGGUAGACGCGGACAAUCAACGAGAUAUUAAACGUAAGAAAAGGGCAGAAUAUGGAUAUGAACCUCUUGUAGAUAGAAAAAGAAAUGAGGAAUAUUUAAAGAAGGGCGGACCAGAUUGCAGGAAAGAUAAAUAUGGUAAUAAGCAGAAUCAUGAAAUAUCACAACGUCAUGAUAGUGAAAUUAAAAGACGCCGGGAAGAGCGAAAAAAACGCCACCAUGAAAAAAAUCACUCACGUGAAUAUACACGUUCUAAAUUAGGGCUCUGCCAGAGGGAAUAUUUUUUAUAUAUGUGCUGUCAGUUUUAUUAUCCAUGUACAUUUCAAUGUUUAUGUCAAAAUUGUCAUUUUACAUACUACUCCUAAUUUUGGAACAACUCUAGUCAAGAUCCCGCAUGGACCCGGAUCCACUUACCCGAUAUAGACAAUAUGGGUAUCGAUUGAAAGAUUAUGGAAAUACCUAUCCAUCAAGUGGUCACAUGAAUUUGUCAUGGUUCGUAAGUUAUAGUCAAAAUAUCGAUUUUUUGGACCCGGAUUUUUUAUGAAACCCCCAAAAAGUCAAAAAAAGGGCCCAUUAUGAGGGUCAACAAAAUUGUUUCCAAAUUAUAGCUGACACUCUUACCUUUCCAAAAUGUUACAAUUUGUACUAAUACCGUUUCCGGGUCCAGAGAUGGGGUCUUUCCAUCCGCAUAACCCGAUUCUAACCAGUUCAUUAAAAUGAUGUUUUCAAUAAAAAAAAUGGUUUAUGUCGCGUAGCAGUCGUCAGCCUUCGGCCGGGGCUUGAGAUUUUCUCCUCUGGGUAUGUCCCACACCGGAACCAAAGUUUUCUAAAUUGGAUACCUUUUGUAAGUAGCCGGCCUUUGACCGGGGCUUGAGAUUUUCUCCUCUGGGUAUGUCCUACACCGGCUAACGCGAACCAAAGUUUUCUAAAUUUGACACUUUUUGUAAAAAGCCGGCCUUCGGCCGGGGCUUGAGAUUUUCUCCUCUGGAGAAAAGAAUGAAAGCCAAAUCCCGCUAAAAGAGUCAUAUUAAGUUCCUUUUCCUUGUCAAAGAUGAACUAUUAAAAUAGAAAAAAAUAUGAAAUUCGUCGAUUAAUGAUUAUCGGCAUUUAACCAAAAGAAAGAAAAAAAAAACUAUAUAAAAAAAUUUUUUUGUUAUUGUAUAGUUUAGUAUAUAAGAUAAAUGUAUUGUUUGUAGUUAGAUAAAUAGUACUUAAGAAAUAAUUGUGAGGAUAUUUAAUGCCCAGGUAAUUUUUCCUCGGGAGUGUAGGGUUUUCUCAAAAUUUACAGCUAGACCAUUUCUAUAUUUUUUGGAACAAGAAUUUAGAAUGCCCAAAACUUUCGUCUAAGCGAGCUCCUUUAGGCAGAAUUUAGAGUAGUUUUUUUGACCAAAAUUUGGCGCUCCUAGCGGUGUAAUAAAAAAAGUAAUCUGAGUAUUGACUCACAAUUUUUUCGUUCCGGUAUAAAAAGUCCAGUUUUAUUCUUAUGUGUUCAUGUCGAAAUUAAGAAAACAAUGAUGUUUAAAAUAAAUAAGUUUAAUGUCUAAUUGUUUCAAGAAUAAUAUGUUGUGCUAAAUUUUGUUGUGUGAGAGAGAGAAAGAGGCGUUGUAAGUAAGAGAGUGUGUGUGGCUUUUUGGGGCCCUUUUAAAUUUUUUGUGUGUAUAUGGACUAAAGGCUCAAGGAUGGGUGGGCAUAGUGGGGGAGCAAUAAUAUCAAGCUCCUGUGU